GAACGUUGCAUUGAAGUUGCUACUGCAAGUGCAAGGUUGUUCGUCGAUGCAUGGUGAAGGAAUUUCAUCAGCUGCUUUUCGUUUCUGUUUCGCUGUUGUGAGCUGAGUUAGCCAGCUUUUGUGAUACUGUUGAAUUUUCAGCAUCUCAAGAUCUCCACAUAAAAAAACAAAUGCCCACUACUGAGGUUGAAGCCUUUGAGGAACCGCAAGGUCGUGAAGUCAAACCACGAAUGGCGACUGGACUCAUUCUAGCCGGCCUUGGAAUUGCAGUUCUUGGCUUUGGAGGUCGCUAUGCAUUACGAGCUGGCAAAAUGGCCUCACAGACUUUGAAUCAGACAUUGGGACAGUUGCCUGAAGGGGCUUUCAGCAAGUAUUACAGAGGAGGUUUCGAAUCUAAGAUGUCCAAGAGGGAAGCCGGGCUUGUGUUGGGCGUAAGCCCGUCAGCCAGUCGUACCAAGAUCAAAGAAGCUCAUAAGAGAGUUAUGCUGUUGAACCAUCCAGACAGAGGUGGCUCCCCUUACCUUGCAGCCAAGAUUAAUGAGGCCAAGGAUUACUUCGACAAAGCCAAGCCAGGGUCAAGCUGAAACUGUUGUGGACAAGAUCUUCGAGGACUGGAAAAUGUGCCACUGUGAUGAUAGUUGCAGGAGUGAAAGCAGAAUGUUGAAUUGUGGUGAUAGUAGAGUUUUUUUUUAGCUCAAGUAAGGAGAAGCAUGUUGACGCAAUAGCGGUCUUAUAUUGAAGAGAAGGAGCAAGACAGAUGGCCUGAGACAAUAGAAGGAAAGAAAAGAAGCAGGACCCAUACAGAAUUGUCAAGUAGUCUAGCACGCAUUGUGAACAGGCUCUUGUGACAUAGCAAAACAUGCACCUAAAGGUAAUGGAAUUUAGGAUUCCAAAUUUUUUCAAAUACAUACUAGAAGAGAAGUAACACUCGCAGAAUUUCCGCGUUAUUCCUUUUGUAGGAUCAGUGUCAAUUACAAACGCUAUUAUCACAAAAAGUAACACUCACAUAAUUUCCAGAAUUUAGUAUAUCUAUGGUACAGAGGAAAUAUGUACAGAAUUUUAAAGCAGUUCUUCCUUCAGUAGCUGUAUGUGAAUCAACUGUAUUAUGCCAAAGACUAGACUAUAAAUAAUUGUAUCACUCUCGGAAUUUCUGAAAAGUUCCUUCUACAGUAUCUGUGUCAACUUCACAAGUCAGAGCAGCAAGAGCAAAGAUUGUUGGGAGUUAUUCAUUUUAAUACCUUACCUGUUCUGUUUUACUGAUGAGGGUUUUUGUUCUUUUUCAAGUUUGAAAUAAGAAAAAGAGUGUCCUGAUCUGAGAAAGAACCGUUGCUUGCGGUAUGAAUGUUUUGAAGUAUGUGUGUUUGUGUAGAAGGGUUUACCUGGAUGUAUGUAUGCGUGCAUGCAUGUGUAAGUGUAAGUGUGUACAUAUCAGUUAUAAGUGCUUUUGAGUGUCUGGGAAAACAUGCAUGAAGAGCAUCUGUCUUUUUCAGAGACCCUUUUGUACAGGACGAGUGAAAAAAAAUUUUGAAGUUCCUUUUUUGGACAGGGGGGGCAAUGGCGAGGGCAUUCUCUUCUUUGAAAUUACUUGCGAGUUAUUCAGAUGUUUUUACUGACUGAAUGUCUUUGUUCAACAUGUUUAGUGAAUGUUUCAUUUGGCAUUUUUCCUCUUGUACCACUAGUCGCAACUUUUUAAUAAUUGAAUUUUUUUAUUUUUUUUUACUAAUAUACAGUAAGUGUCUGAUAUUUUUUUUUGCCAAUUGUUAUGUAAGAUGGAAAUUAAAAGAGUUGUUCCUUAAAAAUGUGGAUGGCAUCAUGUCAUUUGCUACAGUAUCUACUACUUUUUUGGUUACAAAAAUCAAUGUUUAAAGAACUGUUUUAGAUUUUGUAUGGUGCAGGCCUCUGUCCUUUUCCAGUACAAGAUGGAUUUAAAAUGCAUCUCCGAUAAGAUUGAGCCUUGUGGGUGGCCAACCACGAAAGUCCCCCUGACCUAGCAAAAUGUAAUAUAUCGAUUAUUGAGGUAUUUGAACGAAGGCUAUACUAUAGGAGGCAUUGUUUUGAUGCAUGAUUACACGAUACCAUCUGAGCCAUGGAUGCCCUCUAAAUGUGUCAGAGCGUACAUAUUAGUGAAUUUCUAAUGACAAACUUUAACCCUAUCCGUACGUCAUGUUUUACUAUCGUAUCCAUACGACGUGGGGAACUCUGUGCCACCACUUUCCAAAGAGCAAAAUUUACUCGUUAAUCUGAUCCAUAUGUUUUGCAUAGCAGUCUGUCAACGUGAUUUUUUAAAGAAAUACUGAAAGUUUCAAAGAGAUUUUCGUAUUAGAAGUAUUCUUAAAUGUUGAGAAUACAACCCUCAUAGUACAAAAUGACCCCAGGGCAUACGGAUACGGUUAAGUAGACUGAAUGCAUGUUGCAAAAGUUCUUUUCCAUCAUACGAAAGUGCAAUUGUUUCUGAAAAAGAGCUGACACACCUCAAGCCUCUUAUUAUGAGAUGUGAGUGACACCCAGAAACCCAUAGCUCCAGUCAAGAUAGAUGAAGAGAACUGUACAUACUACAGUCUAGCAUGCUUACAGUGAAAAAUUUUCUGUCAGGUCGCAAAAAUUGUUCUCACAUUAUUUAUAUUCUUUACAUUUAUUUAAAAAUACGUACAUUACAAAAACAUUUCCGAGUACAACAAAUUUCGCUAUGUGCAUGCUAGACUGUAGGCCUAUAUCAUACCCAAAAGUGAUGUGAAAUGUGUGCUCAGGAUGAUGCAUUUUAUUUUGAUUUUGAGGAUAAUGUCAUUUAUCUCCUGAUGCAUGCCUCUAAGACUGAGUGAAGGAGACAUUUAAAUGAAUAUGUUGGUUGCUUUGAAUAAAAGCAUUUGUAAGAUCUUUGUGGCUCUUUUUGUUUAGAGCAUGUUUUGAAUUAUGAAGUGAGAUAUUUUUUACAAUAAAAUAAUUCUGAAAUGCAAA